AUGGUGACAUGCUACGGACAGACGAGCCCUCCGGCGGGCGAUCUUUCGGCGGACGAGAACGGGGAACGCGACGGACAGUGUGGCAAAGUGUGAGUGUGAGCCGUGUAGUUCCAGUGCGACGUGCUUCGAUUUCAGUGGAGGAAGUCUGAAGUUCCCAGUGGAUAAUUUCAACUCGGUCCGCAUCUCACAGCGCCAUUAUCUCAAUAUAAUCGCAGGAAUGGUUGCGAGCUUCAACGAGACUCGGUGCAAUGAAAAGUGAGGCGGGAAACGUCGUCGGACAGCGAUUCAUUCAGAAUAGACGAAUUGUUCAGAAAUGGAAACGUGACAGAUCAACUGAAAAGUCCGCGACCGAAAGCGACAAUGAUUGGGAGUUGUGGAGCUACAUGGAUGGGAAUGGUGGUCGUUGAGUCCGCAUCCAAUCAAUCCAAUUUCGCUUGUCUUCCGUGUAAGUCCGUCGCACUUAUCGAACUUUAUUUACAAGGAAAGGUUGUGACCCCCUCUCUCAAAAAAUUCUGAAAAGCGCGCUCGAAUUUUUUGGAUGGAUUUUCUAGAACGUGACCAGAAUUGAAUUUUCUUCUGCUUAUUCUAAACCUGCUGAGAAAGUGAAAAAACCAAAAAAUUGAGCAUGCUAGAAUUUUCCAAGUUUGGGAGGGGGCAACCUUCCCUUGUUAAUCGAUAUCGAUUCUAUUGAAUUCGCAGCCAGUGAGUUGAAGAUUGACGACAAUGUGACGGUGGUGAACUCUGUGAAAAACGAAGAGAAGACGGGAAAAGUUGGAAGAGCCGCUCAUCUCCCGAUUUGACAUAAAAACCAUUACAGGUGGUUGAGUGCACUAAAAAGUAUAAACAUACGUUUUGUAUGGACAUUCCUUCUAAUUCGACGGGUCCCGUCUUCUGUCGCAGAUCGCGAUAUCGACGACGGAGGAGAUGAUCAAUGA